GCAGCCAAUGGUAAUGUUGAAAAUGCAUUGACAUUUCUGACCAACCCAGAGCAUAUAACGGAUGGAACAAGCCAGAAAGGGAUGCAGACAAGUGUUGUAAAGAACUGUCAAACCAGUAAAGAUGAUGUGAUAGAUUUAACUAAAGAUAAGGACGAGAGGGAUGAAGACCUGGAGAAGGCUAUAGCUCUUAGUUUACAGGAAUCUCAUUCUUCUGCGCCGCAGGGCAUUACUGCAGAAGAACAAGACAUUAGCAGGGUUCUUGAAGCAAGUCUGAUUGAAAAUAAACCUGGUCUGAAGAGAAAAAGAGGAGAUCCAUGGAUGACGUUUGUAGAUCCUGUUAAUCCUCAUGAGAGAAAAAGAUCAGAUGGCACUCCUGUUGGGUUUAAGAAUGUUGGCAACACAUGUUGGUUUAGUGCUGUUAUCCAGUCUCUGUUCCAUCUACCAGUAUUUAGAAAACUUGUACUUCAUUGUACACUCCCUGAUAUUAAUCAAAACAAUUCCAAAGAAACACAUAGGAUAUCAUUUAUGCAGGAACUUAGAAAACUGUUUGCACUUUUGAUUGGAAGCAAGAGAAAAUAUGUGGACCCAACUAAAGCAGUAGAGAUACUUAAAGAAGCCUUGCAGUAUAACGGCAGUGAGAGUAACCCUGGAAACCAACAAGAUGUUAGUGAGUUCACCCACAAGCUGCUUGAAUGGUUAGAGGAUACUUUUAAAGUGGAGACUUGUGCUGCUAGUAGUAAGCAAGAAAAGUCUAGUAACAACCCGGUAAUGGAGCUAUUCUUUGGUCAGUCUAAAGUGGAGGGUGUCUAUGAAGGUAAGAACUUUUCAAACCUCGAGAUGUUUGGAGCAUACCCUGUACAAGUUCAAGGUUACAACAACUUGCAUGACAGCCUUGAAGGAGGCAUGGCUAGAGGAGAAAUAGAGCCUGCUAACAAUGAACAGACACACAAGUCAGACCAAGAGCACUGGUUCACCCGUCUACCUGCUGUUUUGAAGUUCAUGUUGUCAAGAUUCCUGUUCAAUCAAAAUACUUCCAGAGCAGAAAAGAUCCAUGAGAGAUUUUGCUUUGAUACGACAAUAUACAUGGACAGAUAUUUGGAGAAAAAUAAAGAUAUAACUAGAAUUCGUAGAGAAGAGGUUAAGAAACUAAAAGAGCGACACCAGUUGCUUAGAAACAGUCUUGAUAGCUAUACUAACUAUGGCACAGGUGCACGGCAUAGCCACAUCCAGGAUAUUCUCGAUAGUUCAUUACAAUUUGUACAAAGUACAGAUCCAAUAAAUGAUAGCACUUGCUGUGAUGUAGAAAUGAAACCAGUCAUUCCUGAGCCACCUCGAUCUCAUGGUAUGACAUCAUUACGGCCUGCCCCUCGGUACAUAUCACUGUCGGAGCGGCAAAGUAUAGAAGCAUGUCUGAAGCGCUGGAGGACAGAAGUGGAGCAAGAUGUUCAAGUUAUUUCUAAAAGUUUGAAAGAAGUUGAAGAAUCUAUUUCUGUAAUGUAUGAUGACGAAGAAAUGAAAAAGGUUCCCUAUCGACUGCAUGCUGUACUAGUACACGAAGGACAAGCAUCAGGUGGCCAUUACUGGGCCUAUAUCUACAACCCCACAGACAAACAAUGGAGAAAGUUUAAUGAUAUCACAGUGAGUCAGGUGACAUGGGAAGAGGUAGAAAGAGAGUCAUUAGGAGGUUAUCGUCACGUUAGUGCAUAUGGUCUGAUGUAUGUUGAUGGUAGCAGAGAAGACCAGGUACUAGCUACUGAAACACCCGAUCACUUACCACAAUAUCUACAACGAUUGGUUGAUGAAGACAACAUAAAUUUUGAAAAAGAGUUGGUAGAAUGGGAUGAGAAGCAGGCUGCAGCUGCUGCAGCAGCUAAGGCAUCUUCUGAUGACAAGUCUAAAGUAGCAGCUACUGUCUCAUCUCGACCAGACCUGGUUCUAGAUGCAGAGGCAUCAUGUGCAGUCAGUCCUCAUGACCAUACUCCUAUCACACAUUUAUCUUCUUUACAAGACAUAGACAAUUUGCUUGACAAAAUGUGCUCUAAUGAGAAAUUACGACUUGAAAAAAUCGCUGAUGAGCAUCCCCCUGAUGGGCUACGUGAUUUACGAUUAGAAUACAUUGGACACUACUUGAUACUGUGUGGUGCACCUCAGUAUGUUGUAGAAUGGACUAUACUGAAACAGAUUGUAGAUGAUACCAAGUCACGUGAUGAUAGUUGUCUGCGAAUCAAGCGACGUGCCAUCGAGCUCCUUAACAAACCCGAUCCUGAAAAGUUAGAAGAAUUGAAUAAAUGGAAGGAAAAAUACCAGGUGUUCGAAAGAGUGAAUUCUUGUUUCCUAACUGGAUUGGAACACUUACAUAACAAUAAGUACAAGGAAGCACUUCCAUAUCUCGUCCAUGCCUACACGUUGAAUCACAAAUUACAAGACGCUGCACAUCCUUCACAGUCAAUGGACGAAGCAUUACUGGCAUUCUGCCGGCGUCAAUGUUUUUUGGAACUGAAUGAACAUGCGAUAGCACUUUUUGAAGCUCAAGACAAAACAACUCUGUGUGAUGGGUUGGAUUUGGUCAGUGAGCUGGUCGUACCUUGUAUACCAUCACUCAUUACUAGUCCACAUGCCGAAGACCGUGAGGCUGUCGAACAGAUCAGAAAUAGAUGGUUUACUUAUUUAGGGAGUAGUAUGUUAGAUGAAAAAAGAAGAGAAAAACUUCAAGAUUUUUUACCCAAAUUACUGGAUGUGACGUCAGAGGGACAUCAGGAGAUUCGACCUCCCCCUGUACUCAGGCCUACUAGUUCUAGGGACUUAUGUGAAAGAUUUACUAAAGCAAUGGAACUAGUACAUGCUAACAUGGCUUUUAGUGCCAAGGCAUGAUUGAUUUAACUACCUGUAAUUAGUAAAUAAUCCCCUUCUGGCGCCUGGGGCUGCUUAUCAUGUCUGGGGUGAGAAAUGGUCCGGGGGGGGAUCAGUUUUGCGAAGCUUCAAGGGCAUUUGUGAUAUUUUGAGGACCAAUUCUUAUCCAAUUCUUAUCCAUUUAUCAGUUGAUAUUCCAGUGAGUCAGAAGGGGUUUAUUUCUUUAACAACUCAAUGACUUCAUUGGAAUAGAUUCGUUACGUUUGUUUUCAACAUAAAAUUCAAAAUAUGAUUCUCUCGUCUCGAAGCUGGUAAAUGAAAGCUUUUUCCAGCGUUUGACAAGUUUUCUUUUGUUUUCUUUUUUUAACUAAUCUGUUUUUCCUGGACAGAUAUCACUUCGGAGGGGGAUAUCGUCUGAUAUCUGUCCUGCACGUGACCCGUUUGAACCAAUGAUAGCGCGCGAGAAUUUAUUGUUGGGUUAUAAGCGUAUGUAUGAUAUAUAUAUAGCUAGAUAGAUAAAUAGAUAGGAUAAGGGUAGCCAGCAAGAAUAGGACUGUGAUUUCUAUUAUAAAAACAAUGAUGUACAGCCAUAUUAGAAUACAGUUCAAUAAAUAAACACGAUUUACCAUUUA